AUGGAGAAGACUAGCGUAGCACCAACUGGUUGCUACAAGUGUGGACGUCCAGGACACUGGUCUCGUGAUUGCCCUGAUUCAAACCCUAACCCUAACCCUAACCCCAGCUCCAAUCCCAAUUCUUCCAGAUCUUUCCCUUCAAACAAUAAUAGCAGUAGCAAUAACAAUAAUUACUACAGUAGCAGUAACUCAAAAGCGGCAAAAGCAGCAGAGAAACCGAAGAAAGUGCCAAGAAGUAGACCGAAGCUCACCCCCGAGCUUCUUCUUGGAGAAGAUAAUGGGCUUGGCUUUAUUCUUCGCCACUUUCCUCGCAACUUUAAGUAUCGCGGCCGUGGGCACGAGGUCAGUGAUUUGGGAAACUUGAUCGGCUUGUACAGUGAAUGGCACUCUCAUUUGCUCCCUUAUUACUCAUUUGAUCAAUUUGUACAUAAGGUGGAGAAAGUUGCUGCCUCGAAACGUGCAAAGAUGUGUAUUCGAGAAUUGAGAGAGAGAGUUGCCAGUGGAGGGGAUCCUACAAAGUUGCGUGAAUCCUUAACCGAACAUGUCAGUGCAAAUGUUGAGCAUGGUCAAUCAUCCCCUGCUGAAGGCUUGAACACUGAGGUAACUCAUGAUGAGGGAGAUCCACUUUCAGAGAACCAUGACGCAGAUGUUAUGCCAGAAGACAUGCUUCAUGAGGUUUAUGAUAGGGCUACUGAAGAACCAUCUCAGACGUUGGACAGGAGGGACAUGGAAUUGCCAAAUGAAAUUAAUGGAUCUAGCUGCUCCAAUGAAGCUUCGAUGACAGAGGAACAGAAAGUUCGCAUGGAAGCUAACAGAUUGAAGGCACUAGAAAGAGCUGCAGCUCGGGCUCAUAUCAAGGAUGAUAGGACUCUGUUUAUUGCUAUGCCUUAUCCGAUGGACUUACUCUUAGAAGGUUUAGCAACUGCUAAUGAUGGCGGUUCGAGUCUGAUUGCCAUGCUUAUUGGUUAUCGAUGUUCGUUUGUGGUUAAGCUUCAUGAUUGGUGGUGGCCGCUAUUGACAGUUGAGUUUAAACCGUAUCCAAAAGCAGGUAUAUCUGAGGAGCAAAAGCAGCAAUUGCAUGUUUUGGUAGCUGAUUACUUGAUUAAUGGGCUGGACCAAUUUGGUUGUUUCAAGUAG